UGAUUAAUCUCCAAUUAUUCCACUAAGUUCCACCAAAUAGUUCACUCCUCCCAUCAAUUUCCAUCUCCCCGUGCUUUUCGUCCACAUCUAUAUUUCCCCUCUCCUACAUCAGCGUGCAGCCUUAAAAGACCCCCACCGAGUCGUCUCUCAUCCUUCGGUGGCGCAAGAUGAAGCUCACGUUCAAGGACCUGAAGCAGCAGAAGUUUGUAAUCGAUGCAGAGCCCUCAGAGACGGUCGGGCAAGUGAAGGAAAAAAUUUCCAAGGAGAAGGGAUGGGAGGUUCCUCAACUGAAACUCAUCUAUUCUGGAAAGAUUCUUCAGGAUGACAAGACAAUCGAGACGUACAACAUCGAGGAGAAGGGCUUCAUAGUCUGCAUGGUGUCAAAGCCCAAGGCUUCUUCCUCCGGCACCUCGUCACAAGCGCCCUCCACCCCUUCGAGAGCAGUCACCUCAACCCCUGCUGCGCCUCCCGCACCAGCCCCAUCUGCGGCUUCUACUGCACCGGCAGUACCUUCAACCCCCUCUCCGGCCGCCACUGGGGCUACUCAGGCACCCGGUUCUGCAUUCAAUGAUCCCUCCGCAUUAUUGAGUGGCUCUCAGAGCGAAGCAGUCGUGGCUCAGAUGGAGGCAAUGGGCUUCGCCCGGAGUGAUGUCAACCGUGCGAUGAGGGCCGCUUUUUUCAACCCCGACCGUGCUAUCGAGUAUCUUCUGAAUGGUAUUCCGGACAACAUCCAACAGGAGCAGCAGCAGCAGCAAGCCGCCGCUGCCGCCGCCGCGAGCGCACCCCAGUCCGCAGCCCCCGAAAGCACCCCCUCCACGGCUGACGACGAACCGGUCAAUUUGUUCGAAGCCGCCGCUCAGGCUGGUGGGCAAGAGGGUGGAGCUCGAGGCGCUCGGGCUGGAGGUGCAUCUGGCGAGGGACUUCCGAGCCUCGACUUCCUUCGCAAUAACCCUCACUUCCAGCAGCUUCGUCAGCUGGUUCAACAACAACCACAGAUGCUCGAGCCCAUCCUUCAACAAGUUGCCGCUGGUAACCCUCAAAUUGCGCAGCUUAUUGGUCAAAAUGAGGAUCAAUUCCUUCAGCUUCUCAGUGAGGAGGAUGACGGCGCGCUUCCUCCGGGUACGCAUCAGAUCCACGUUACUGAAGAGGAAAGAGAUGCGAUUGAACGCCUUUGCCGGCUUGGCUUCUCACGGGAUCUGGUCAUCCAGGCCUAUUUCGCUUGCGACAAAAAUGAGGAGCUCGCAGCCAACUAUUUGUUUGAGAACCCGGACGAUCCUGAAGAUCUAUGAUUCAACCGCAGCCUCGUGUAUCCUCGGGCUUGAGUGACUGCCCAGCGCUUUGAAUCAUCUUCUCCCCUCAUAAUUAACGUCGCAAUGUAUCCCCUUUUCUCUUCAUCACUUCCCCUCAAGACAUUCUGAGAAUCGACUACGUAGAUCAAACAAUGGGCCCAAAUCCAUGCCCCUGGCUCUCUAAUCCUAAGUCAGGCUGGCAUGUAUCUU